CCGGGUGCAGACCAACAUGGCCGCAUGUUAGCCUGUCAUUUUCUUUACUGUUUGCCAAUUAAUUUACUGCUGUUAAUUACCCUCUUCUGAACACGGAACACCUUCCAUAUACUCUUUGUAACACAUAGUCCCAAGUCAAACUGAAAUAAUCUGCAAGAUGUCCCAUAUUCGAGGAGGAGGAAUGACCCAAGGCCAACAACAACAACAACAACAUGGCGGAAACAAAGGCAUGGUUGUCGGAGCCGUUGUUUACAAUCCCAAUCCCCAGAUGGCACCAGCGACAGUGUCUCCUGUACUGAAACCAGGUGGCGCUGCCGGUUUGUCAGGAAUGAUGGCAGGAAAGAUUGACAACCAGCCAUCAUUUAACGGGAAUGCGACAGCCCCCUCUGCUGACCAUGAGAGUGGCGAUGGGUCAUUAUUGGCAAACACAAAAGAGAAAACCCCCAUGUGUCUGAUAAAUGAGCUAGCUAGGUAUAAUAAGAUUCAACACCAGUACACCUUGGUCGAUGAACAGGGACCCGCCCACAAGAAAAUCUUCUUCGUCAAAUUGAAACUUGGCGAAGAAGAAUAUUCUGCCAAGGGUCCAAGUAUCAAGAAGGCGCAACACUCAGCUGCUGGCAUCGCAUUGGAGAAGACGCAGUUUAAACACCCUCCGCCACGCCCACGCAAGAUCAUGCCGGUCCACGGGGGUGGGUAUAGAUAUCUUUACUCAGAACGUGAGGGAGCCAGCAUGAUACAUGACAGUGCUGAAUACAAACAAGCGGAUACAUACUCAGAUAUGGACAACAACAUCACACCAACAGUACGACUAAACGCCCUGGCUAUGAAGAGAUGUGAGCGUCCGAUUUACGCACCUAUAGAGCCACAGAGGCCUCAUUUCUAUCCACAAGCUAAUUAUGACUACCGGGGCAUGUACAAUCAGAGAUACCACUACCCUCGGGUGCCGAAGAUCUUCUACGUCUCCCUGAAAGUUGGGCAGCGUGAGUUCAUUGGGGAGGGCCAUAGCCGCCAGGCAGCAAGGCACUGUGCUGCCGAGAAAGCUCUCAAAGUUCUCGGUAACCUCCCUCUACCCAAUCAAGAUACAGCUAAGCCCAUUGAAGUUGCGGAUGGUGGAGAAGCUGAGAACCAUCCUGACGAUCUCAAGUCAGAGAUCAGUCUUGUGCACGAGAUAGGAAUCAAGAGAGGCGUACCAGUCGAUUUUGAGGUGAUCAGUGAGUCGGGCCAACCGCACAUGCGUUCCUACGUCACCCGUUGCACGGUUGGGGACAUCGCCGAGACGAAGGGUGAAGGCAACGGCAAGAAAAUCUCAAAGAAACGCGCUGCAAAAGCCAUGUUGGACGAAUUACGCAAAUUAGCACCAUUACCCAGCAUGGUUGCCACAAGUGUCAAGGUCAAACCGAAGAAUCCAGUCAACAAGAAGAAGAACCGUAAUUUGAUCAAGAUGCAAAAGGCGUGUCCAGAUUACGGUCUCGGGAUUAAUCCGAUUAGUCGACUGAUACAGAUCCAGCAAGCGAAGAAGGAGAAGGAUCCGAUUUAUACGCUGGCUGAAGAGCGAGGGCAGCCGAGGAGAAGGGAGUUCGUUAUGCAGGUUCAAGUCGGGUCGAGCAUUGCAGAAGGAGUUGGUCCAAAUAAGAGGUUUGCCAAGCGUGCAGCUGCCGAGGCCAUGUUACAGCUGCUUGGAUACAGUAAGCCGUCACCACAGCCUGAUAAACCGGCUCUGAAGACGGGAGUCAACGGGGGCAUCACUUCUCCAAAUGAACUGAACAAGAAGGUGACAUUUGUCGACCAGGACCAUACUGUCGGACGUCAGCUGGUGCCGGGAGUCAUCCUGAUGCCAGGCUCAGAUAUGGGAUUGCACCGUGUCCCAGGAGGCCCCAUGCAAAUGGGUGACAGCACAGUCUCGCCAAGGACAACAGCGGUCAUAGCUAAAGAACUACUAGACAAAGGUGCCUCUCCAACUGCCGAAGCGAUGAGAAAGGCCGGUGCUCGCCCACCAGCACAACAUGUCGUGGAACCAAGUAUGCAGCUGCAUUACUUAGCUGAGGUCCUCGGAUUCCAGGUCCAGUUUACUGAUUUUCCAAAGGGUAACAACAAAAAUGAGUUCCUCUCUCUGGUCUCCCUCUCGACCAACCCGCCUCAAGUCAGUCACGGUGCGGGCGUCACAAUCGAGGCAUCCCAUGAUGCUGCAGCGCUGACGGCGUUACGAUCACUUGCGGAGAUGGGAAUCGACAGCGUGACGGAUGUGAAGUGCAUGAAGAAGGAUCUCGCGGCUGGUGAUGCUUUCUGGUGGGAUGAAAAAGCAGACGUACAUGCGGACGAUUAAGUGGCCUCACCAGAAGAAAGGCGACAAGGCAAACGACAAAAAAGGCCUGGUUGGCAAAUAAUCAGACACGUGACGCCAUCAAUGAGUGUAUAUGAAGACAACCUUAUCACGUAGAGGGAGAAACCUCCAUAGUUGUGCAUUUUUCAGCGAAAAAAAAUCGAUUUUUUUUUUUCUGACUGAAAAAUCUUCAGAUUUUUUUGACAGGUCGAUCUCAUCUACAGUUAAUGGUAGGAUACGACCAGCAUUAUAACAUGUUCAACAUAUAAACUAUAAACAGACUAAUUGAUAGAAAGUUAACAAGCUUAUUAAGUGAUUACGAGCAGAUGAUCUUUUUUUGGUGUUGGUGAGAGUUACGACCGUACCAGUACAUUACCUCCAGACACUUCAACUAGUUGAAAGAUAUACUCAAAACAUAGUUUUCCAAAAAUUAGAUAUUCAAUUUAGGAAUUCGUUGGUUUUGAAGUUGAAUUUUACAUAAUUGCUUAAACAUUAAAGAUAGUGUACUGUCUUUUGGGGAUGGCUUUAUAAUCAUUAGCCUAUUUGCAUAAUUUACAUAAACUUUUCUCGAGGUAUUGCAUUGCUAUUCUAGUGGCCAGCAUUAUGGUUUUAUCGUUGAAUUGACGCGUUCUUGAACUCCAGACAUUUUAGUUGGCAACGGUGCAUAUGCGUUUGCUAAAGUCAUGUCAAAAUUUCAGUAUAGAGGGCAAUAAGUGAAACCAUGAAACAUGUGUUUUUCUGUUGUCUCUGUGCUUGAAAGGUUGACUAUCCUGUCGAUUGCAGAGUAUGCAAUUAUCUGAAAUUAAUCACUUUUGUACAAAUUGAGUAAUCGAAUUGUUGCAAAAAAUGUCUGAAAUUCAUGGAUCAAUGUGUUCUUAUGCUGGACUGUUUGUGUAUGUCAUUAAUUGAUUCAUUAAUUAACUUGUAUUGUUGUUCAAUUGCCCCGCUGCAUACAGGCUGUUCAUAUUGUGCAUUAUUUAAAACUCCUGGGCCGACCGAAUCGAAACACCGAUAGCGCUAACAGGGCCUAACAGAGAAUAGUGUAAAGCAUUUAACCAUUACACUAUACUCUGUUAGGUCCUGUCAGCACUAUCGGAGUUUCAAUUCGGUCGGCCCUGACAUUCAAGAUAUCAUCUAUACUUGAACUGAAAAUAAGCAAAACUUCAUUGUUUGAAAAUCCAUUGGAUUGUCCAAUUUUGGUAUGUGGAUGAGCAUCUUAUGUUUAUAUCAUGCCCCUAAUAUUCAAAAUGGUUGAACCCACUUCAAUGCAAAGGUUAUGCGGUAUUGGGUUGAACCAUUUUGGCAUAGGUUUAAACAGAUUUGCAAUGUUUUCAAGUUUGUUUUUGAGUAGAAUAGUGAUGCACUGGCACAUGCUGUUUACGGCAUACACAUAUUCAGAUUUGGACAGCAUUUAGGUUUUUCAUUUUUAGACCUAUAUAUGACCUAUAUAAAGGCCUGCAUGCCUCAAGGGCGGAGUUAACAACAUACAUCGCCAUCUGGUGGACAGCUGUUUCCUUCGGCGAAUGACGACAAAUUUUCACUUGAAACUUUCUCAUAAUUGGCGCUCUGUUGAAGAUGCAGUAGAAAGCCUUAAAGAACAUGAUAAUGCUUCAUUAUUUAAUAUCACGUGUGCUGAAGUUGUUAAUUGAAAGUUUUUGUUUCAAAGGUGUCCACCAGGUGGCUCUUAAGGCUACAUCUGUUAUCGUUGUCUUCAUGUUAAAUCAUUUUAUUUUGUGUGCAGAGAAUUCUCUGUGGAGGAACAUGGGGAUAGGUGGCGUUGUCCUGUUACCAUAGUUACGGUCAGUUAUGGCCGACUGUUAACUCUUGACUUUCAUGCUGUGGCAAAUACAUUGUGUUUCACUUCCAUUUGGAGUGAAUGCAUUUCAAAUGACAAGAACCAUAAUUAAGUGUUAUGUCAUGAAAAUAGUGAGAUAUCUCCACAUCACCAUAUCUCUACCUGUUGUUUCUGUACGCAGAAACAUGCGAAAUGUGUAUAUAAUGUUGCUACACCUGCAUUCUCCAUUGGGCUGAAAACAUCUUGUGUGGUGAGUUUUGUCACUACAUUUCUUGUGAAAGGUACUGCCAUGGUAAUAUCACAACCCGGAGGUCUUGAACCCACUAAACAUUCAAGCCUAUCCCCUGUUCCCUGUAGAUUUAUUGCUUGCAUAUAUAGUUAUAUAAGCUCUCCAGUAUAUUGUAGCAUGGAAUUACGUACGAUCCCUUAUUGUGAAGCCCUUUCAGGACUUAUCACUUUGGUAAACCAAGAUUUUGGGCAGGUUUCAGAAGAACUGAAACUUCAAAAUAUCAGAACUCGAAAUGACUCAAUGAGUUUUUAAAGUGAUUUAUACUCACUUUCAUCUGUCAUAAAGUGCUCGACAACAACUGUCACAAUACUGCUGGUCUUCACUGAGGCACCACAACAGUGCUAUUAUCAAUUUAAAACCAGAAAAUUGGUAUUGUGGAGUUGUUCAUAUGGCACCCAGAAAAGUUUCUCAGAGCGUAACUUCAGCUAAAAGUGUAUGGCAAUAAGGUAUUGGAUUUAACUCUCUUUUUACAAGGAGUUAAUCUAAAUACCUGAAUUCUGGUAAGGCCUAUAUCGACAUAAGUGUUUCACUUUGCAUACACAUUUCACGUACGGGGCCUUAUUUUAUGGCCCGUUGCAUGCAACCAAUUGUGUGUGAUACGCUUCUUGAAUUGCUUAUGUGGAGGCCUUCGUGGUCAGGUGAUUGUUUGGUGUUUUGAUAUUUUGGUGAAUAUCCCAUUCUUCUGAAAUUUUCCCAAACGGCCGUUGUUUUUUUGAAAGGGUCGAGUUGUAAAUAGUCCUGAAAUGUUUUCCUUCUAUUUCAUAUGUUUCUAGUUAUUUAUCGUGGGCUUGUAUUAAACUCCAUGUCUGAUGUAUUCAAUAUGAAAAGUCACACUAAACCAUGGCUGACAAAAUCAUACUACUGACUAGCCAUUUUUGGUAAAAUUUGCAUCCGAGAGAUGUUGCCCCUUUGGGAAAGCAGCCAGAAUUUGGAAUUUUCUCAACGGACUCCCCCUUUACUGAGAUGUUCUCCGAGGUCAUUCUUUGACAUGAUACCAUGGAAUGGUUACCAUGGUUAUGUUAUGUUGCCAUGGAUACAUAAGGUUCCCAUGGUGACCAAGUGUGACAUUUGAUAUUGAAUGCACUCUAGCUGUAUGCAGUGUAUGAAUGCAUGGGCUUAUAUAAUCGAGUAGUAACUGAUGCAGUGUUCUCAUGUUAAGAAAUUUAAAGAAUAAAACACCAGUUACGGAAGAAAAAA